GGACCGGGGCGAUGUCGGAGCUGGAGCGGCUGCGGCUGAGCGAGAUCCCCGCGGGCCGGGAGCGGCUGCGGGAGCAGCACGGGAACCUGCUCAGGGUGGCCGAGUACUGCCACAGCAACUACCUGCAGGCCGGCGACAAGCGGCGGGCGCUGCAGGAGACGAUGGCGCUGAGCACGCAGUCCCUGGCCAGUGUCACCUACCAGGUCAGCAGCCUGGCCCGCGCCUUCCUGCGCCUCAUGGACCUGCAGGCGGCCCAGCUGCGCCAGCUGGAGGCCGAUGUCACCUGCGUGGCACAGAGCGUGGACAUCCACAAGGAGAAGGUGUCGCGGCGCGAGAUCGGCGCCCUGACCGUCACCAGGAGGUGCCUGAGCUUCCAGAAGGUUCUGCCCCCGCCGGAGCCCCCCGUGCUGGAGCCCUACUACCGGAGACCCCUCAACUUCAGCGUGCUGGACGGCGUGGGCCACGGGGUCAAGGACACCAGCACGCAGCUGUCCCGCACCGGCACCCUGGCUCGCAAAAGCACCAAAUCCUCCUCGGCCCAGGCUGCGGGGACGCUGGGGAGGAGCAGCCGUGUCCCCGAGCCGGUGCAGCCGCCCGUGGUUCCCGCGGGGAAGCUCCCGAGCGGCUCCUGCGGCUCCUCCCCGCUGCCCCCCAGCUCCAGCGGGACCCUGGCACCUCCUGGGGACGGAAUUCCUGCCCCGCCACCACUGCCAGGGCCACCCCCGAUGGCACCGUCCCUUCCUGUGCCACCCCCCCCGCCUGGCACUGCCAUCCCCCCUCCGCCGCCCCUCCCUGGGCACCUGCUGCCCACUCCCCCUGCCCACCUGGCCGUGCCCCCGCCGGAGCUCCCGCCCCCAGCCCCCGAUGACCUCGAGCUGCCGCCGCCGCCCCCGGCUGAGCCGGACUUUGGGGACCUGGCCCUGCCACCGCCCCCGGACGCAGAGGAGCCCCCGUGGGCCCCGCAGAGCUUCCUGUAGGAGGUGGCUCCGUGUCCGUGUCCCCAUCCCGCAGUGGUGUCCCUGCUCCCUGACCCGCGGCAGGAGGACACCGAGGACACCGAGCUGGGAACGCGGCAGGGAGGGAGCUGAUCCUGGGGGCAGCUCUGGAUCCCUGUGCUGGAUCCCAACUCUGGAUCCCAGCUCUGGAUCCCAACCCUGCAUCCCAGCCCUGGAUCCCAGCUCUGGAUCCCAGUCCUGGAUCCCAACCCUGGAUCCCAGUCCUGGAUCCCAACCCAGAACAGGACCCUGGGCACAGAGCAGAGCUCGCUGUCCCCGUGGGCUCCAGGGAUGCUCCAGCCCCAAAACCCCACCCCUGUCCAUCCCCUGUCCAUCCCCUGUCCAUCCCCUGUCCAUCCUCUGUCCAUCCCCUGUCCAUCCCCUGUCCAUCCCCUGUCCCACCCUGCUGCUCCAGGGAUGCUCCAGCUCCAAAAUUCCACCCCUGUCCAUCCCCUGUCCAUGCCCUGUCCAUCCCCUGUCCAUCCCCUGUCCAUCCCCUGUCCAUCCCCUGUCCAUCCCCUGUCCAUGCCCUGUCCAUCCCCUGUCCAUCCCCUGUCCAUCCCCUGUCCAUCCCCUGUCCAUCCCCUGUCCAUCCCCUGUCCAUCCUCUGUCCAUCCCCAACCCUACCUUGCUGCUCCAGGGGUGCUCCAGCUCCAAAACCCCAUCCCAGAGUGUCCCCUGUCCAUCCCCUCUCCAUCCCCUGUCCAUCCCCUGUCCAUCCCCUGUCCAUCCCCUGUCCAUCCCCUGUCCAUCCCCUGUCCAUCCCCUGCCCACCCUGCCGCUCCAGCGCCAUCCCCCAAUCUCCAGGGCCCGAGGAUCAGGAUCCAGAGCAGGAUCCAGAGCAGGAGCCCCCUCGGUGCAGCUCAGAGCUGUGUCCCGGCCAGGCUCCUGUCUGUCUGUCUGUCUGUCUGUCUGUCCGUCCGCAAUACAGAGCU